GACGACCCCCUGAGAUGGGCCAUUUGUACUACUUUGUACUCCGUAGUUGAAAAUAACUGCCGCAUGUGAUGGCAACGACACGGCCAUCUCGACAUCACCACUCGCACCGCCUUGGGUCUUGUCUUCUUCUUCCUUCUUCUCUUCACCAUGAUCUCCCGCCUCAAACUCGGCAUUCUCUUCUUUUCCCUCUUUUCUCCCCCUUGGGCUACCCGCUAUUUCGUUCAUUCUAUUCCCUUCAACUUUAAGCGUUCUCAUCUUCCAUCAUGGGCGCUUCCAGCCACGUUCGCUUCGCCUUCGCUGCGCUGAUGGCCGGCUUAAUGACUGCAAUGGGUGACAAGAGCGCUUCUCUUAUAUUUCCUGCCACCUUUGAAGUGGACUUGCUAUUCCCUCGCAAUGAGACUUACGCUCCGAGCUGGCUGAUGCCCGUCGUCUUUGCAAUUCAGAAUCCAUCUCUGGCUGUCCCGCUGUCCGCUUCAAUCCAGUGGAACAUGUGGGAGGGCAACAACACGAGGUCGCCCGGCUCUAUCGGUGGUGGUGGUUUUGAUGUAGCCGGCGAUGUAACUACGGCGACAUCCACACCCAAAAACCCUUAUCUGCUCAGCAGUGCUGUCAACACUAUUUCUUACCCAGAUGGCGUCUGGACUCUCGCCUGGUACGUGCAGUAUAACAUUUGCGGGAACCCAACGCAUAGCGAAAACUUCACCACCGUCUUCACCGUCAGCAAGUCUGGAAAGGCAAUCGAUCUUGAGGCGGCUACAUCGUCUGAUAUUUGUGGCGCCGCGGAGGCACAAGCAUUCAACAUAACUUCUUCUGGGGGAUGUGGUAUGCUAGGUCCCACCCCAACCACCAACCCAUGUGCGGCAACUAUCGACUCUGUAGCCGCAUCCAGUCUAUCCGCCUUAGCCAGGGCCACGGGCUCUAUCUGUACAUCUUAUAGUUCCAACCUCACCUGCCUGAAUCCGAGCCCGCCUCCCGGUCAACCUUCAGCAGCCAAUCCUCGUGUGGCAGCGGCGUCGCAAUUGCUUACGCUGCUGGCUGCAUUGGGUGCCCUGAUCUAUCUUGCAUGA